CAUCGCUGAGUCCCCGCGGGUCUGAUGCAACACGACUGCAACUCAAGCAGCUUCCCAGAGCUGCUGCGAUGUGUCCUUCCGCCGCGCAGACUAGUGCCAGGAGCAGCUUAUUAUUCUCCAGCUCCGCGCUCUUCUUGGGUGAAUGUAAGACUUUUCUAAUUUUUAAAGUUCAACAGAGACACAAUACGUCUUAAAUCUUCUUUUCCUGCGUAUGUUGCUAAAAAAAAUCUAAACUUUUUUUUUCUUUUUUACUUGUUUCAGCGUGACUGCAAAGAAGUUCAACUCCUCACUUUACUUUUGCUAAUUAACUUGUAAAACAAACUUAAAAAAAUGUGUUGAGCCACAACAAAUCGCAAAUGAUUAAGAUUUUUUUUUUUUAAAAAAAAGGUUAUUACUGUAAAUAGACAGUUGUCAGGCUCGUGCGUGUGACGGGAAAGUCCCGGCUCCAUGACGUAACGGCCGCGCGACCGUCUGCAAGGCUGCGCGCAUUGAUCCUGCAGCUGUGAUGCGGUCCUUGAUUGGGAGUUGGAGAAGUAGCGGAUUUAAAAACUUUCUGUCCGCAAGUCCGUGCAUGGAUAAAAGCGCCGCGCGAGCCGUGCCCGACUUCUAAAAGCUAAAUUAUGGUGUUUUAACGAGCGACCGCGCGCUCCUGCCACCGCUAAGCCCACGUGCCGCCGCCUCUGCCGCCUCAGAAAAGUACUGAGCAAGUAUGGGAUCUCCAGGCGUUUCCUCCGCUCCUGCAUCACGGCGCGGCGCGCUUUGUGCUUUUGAACACGUCCAUCGGAGCAGACGGCAUCAUGGCGGCAUCGACCCUUCACGAGAAAAUUCCUCCCACUUCCACGGGCGAGCGCGGCGCUCUCCCUCUCCGAAGGGCUAGCCGCAGCCAAUCACGGCACGGGGCGGGGGCGGAGCCAGCAGAGGGGCAGCAUUUAAUUGGUGAGUUUGCCGAAGACGCUUUUUUAUUUUUGCACAUCCCGAGGUCGGAGCCGCAGUGCAGCACGGGGCUAAUGUCGUACAGUGAUGGUCACUCAGAUUGGAUGACGGAAAAAGUUGACCUGUCUUCUUUUGUGUCAACAAACGAGUCGUCUCCUGGCUCAUCCCUUCCGCCCUCACCGCUGGAACAGGAUGUCAAGGUGCCCUCAGAUCUGGAGGUCAUGACCUCUCUGCUGCAGGAGGAGCUGGCUCAGUUGGAGGACUACUUCCGCUCCGAGUCCACGGCCGGCGCCAACAAGUUGGAUAAGUCCUCCAAAUGUGACAAGGGAGCUCAAGCCAUGGGCUCGCAGUCGUACUACCAGCUCCCCUACGGCUCCUACGGGAGCAGCCAAUCAGAGACCAGCCCUGUGGUUGUUACCCUGGCAACAGGGGAACUGGACCUGGCCAGCUUCUGCGGCGGCCCCAUCAGCAGAACCAAAAUCGCAAGACCCGCUCCGUACAGCUACCACCACCGCUACCACCACAACAACGGGCGGCGGCUGCUGGGCGAGGCGGUGAAGGUGGGGGACGAGGUGGGGCUGGAGGCGUGGGGCUCCCGGGGGUGUUACUCGGGCAGCACGGAGCUAUCGGUCAACCACUACUCCACCCUGAAGACGGUGAGCAAGAACAGCUUCGGCAGUGUGAAGAAGGUGAGAGAAUGUGCGCUUUCUUUGAAGGAGGAGGAGAGCUACUGCUUCUCCGAGGGGGUGUUCUGCAGCGAGGAGAUCGCGCGCGGCUUCUGCCUCGGCGGCUCCUACGACCCCCACCACAAGCGGGAGGGACAGCUCAUGCACAACGUGAAGGUCAACGUAAGUUACGACAGCUCGGGGCUGGAGGUCCUGCACUGCAGCAAGGACGCGGGGCUGCCCGGAUCUAUGCCCCAAGAGACAAUGGUGGGGGGCGACGGCUACUUCCACCAGCCCAUGGCCGGCCCGGAGCCCUACCACAGCUUUAUAGGAGAACUGGAGCCCCCCACGCAAGCUCAGGCUGUGGAGCCCCAACACGGCCACUACCUCUACCCCGAAUGCCUUGCAGACCAAAGCUACGAAUGCCUGUCCAGAGGGGAGGGCGAGGGGCCCCUGCUGGGCAGCCCCAUGCACCGGCCCGCCCCCCGGCUAAAGGACGAGCCCUGCUUGCUCAAGCCCGCUCAGGUGAUGGGGGGCGUCUCUCUGGACAGCAGCAGCGGCGAGAGGAAGCAGAAGAAGAGGGACCAGAACAAGACGGCCGCUCACAGGUACAGGCUGCGCAAGAGGGCGGAGCUGGACUCUCUGGAGGAGGAGCUACAUGGCCUGGAGGGGCAGAACCGCGAGCUGCGGGACAAGGCAGAGUCGGUGGAGCGGGAGAUCCAGUACGUGAAGGACCUGCUGAUCGAGGUGUACAAAGCCCGCAGCCAGCGGCUCAAGCAGGACGGCAGUGCCUGAGCCCCGCCCCCAGCCCGCCCCCGGCACCAGCAGGGACUGACCGGGGGUUUGCAUGACUUGCCAAUGCUUCGGGAGGGGUUUCGGGAGGAGACUUGUCCGUGACCACUGUGAUUCGAACCGAACCCCCCCACCGCCGUUUACACAAACACAACCGACUCUGGUUUCUGCCACACAUCACCCCCCCCCUUUACGGAGGCUCCAAAUCUAUAUUUUUAUCUGCUUGAAACAAUCAACAGAGUGAGGGACGCUGAGGAGGCCCCGCCCCCGACGGCCUCACUGCAUGUCUGGUUUGGAAAACGCAUGUGCGCGUGCUGGUUUCUUUUAAGGCAGCGUUAUGUUAUGUGCAUGGCUCCGACCCCCACAUCUGGCGCCCCCUCCCAGCUGUGCUCUGCGGACAAACAAUCACCUGACUCUGGGAGGGGCUUUGAAGUUCAGCUGCUUCAACUGGGGUGUCAGGACGGAAAAUCAGGUAAACUGCAGCCAAAUGAAGCCGUUGUGUUUGUUUCCUGCAGCGGUCAGGACUAUGAAAUAAAGACUUCUAGAUUCA